CUGGGGAGACCAGAUAUAGUGUAUGCAGGGUCCGGGGAGACCAGAUAUAGUGAAUGCAGGGUCUGGGGAGACCAGAUAUAGUGAAUGCAGGGUCCGGGGAGACCAGAUAUAGCAAAUGCAGGGUCCGGGGAGACCAGAUAUAGUGAAUGCAGGGUCCGGGGAGACCAGAUAUAGCGAAUGCAGGGGUCCGGGGAGAGCGGAUAUAGUGAAUGCAGGGUCCGGGGAGAGCGGAUAUAGUGAAUGCAGGGUCCGGGGAGAGCGGAUAUAGUGAAUGCAGGGGUCCGGGGAGACCAGAUAUAGUGAAUGCAGGGUCCGGGGAGACCAGAUAUAGUGAAUGCGGGGUCCGGGGAGACCAGAUAUAGUGAAU